AUGAGUGAUAUCAAGCAGGACUUGCCCCUAUCCAUGAUACUUGCCGCAUUUACGGGCAUCUCAUGGUACAUUGGGGUUGAAAUCAACAUAUCCUUAUUCCUGCUCUUCAAGCGACGCCGCGGGUUGUACUUUUGGUCAUGCGCGCUGAUCUCGUGGGCUGUAAUCUUACAGCCUCUCUUCAUUGUACUCGCAGACUUUGGUGUAUGGAAAGACUUAUUAGCAGCGAUAAUCAUGAUAUACCUAACGUGGGUGAUCAUGGUAGUCCCACAAAGCUGGGUCCUCUACUCGCGACUACAUCUGCUCAGGUGCAGUGCCAAAACACUCAAGAGUAUCAGACGUGUUCUCAUAUUUAAUUCCAUCGCAUUCACGAUACCGACUAUUAUCAUUGGUACCGUAGCUCAAGCUACGACCAUAAACCCAAACCUCACUUCCAUUAAUCUCAUCUGGGACCGUAUUCAGCUUGUCGUGUUUUUCGUCCAAGAGACUAUACUCAGCAUUCUAUACAUAUUCCAGACACGGAAGUACUUGGGGCAACGGUCGCCACUGAUGGAGCGUACGUGGUCUACGCCAUCCGGCGUUCGUGCUAUCAAUAAGGCGCAAAUGAGCGAGCAAAAUGCCGUCUUAUGGCAGCUCAUAUAUGUCAAUAUACUCAUCAUUGCGCUUGAUAUAACGCUUCUCGGCAUCCAGUGCGCCAAUCUGUUCCAACUGCAAGGCGCAUUCAAACCGUGUGUGUACGGAAUCAAGCUCAAGCUCGAAUUUGUUAUCUUGAAUCGCCUAAGAGAUGUCAUCCAGAAGCCAGCCGGUGCAGGGUUAUGCCUUGGAUGUGGACCUUAUAGCAGCGGUUCAGGGGCUAGCACAGGUUGGCAUGGACAACGUUAUUGUGAGGCCUCGGAUACUAUAGGCGACCACCAUACUCAUGGUCCUGCGCACUCGACUUUGCACCGCGCGGACCACGCCACCUAG